GCCAGUCGGCGUGGCCAAUCGAGAUCGCGGCCAUGGCGACGUUGACACUGUUCGCGAGGCUUGUGCCUUUUCGAAGGCCGCACGGCAAGCUUUUGGAUUUGUCCUGGUCCAGGAGGAACGCUUACAUGUCGGGGUUGACAACGGCGGCAUGCAUCUGCACGGAAUCAAAGUACAUGUACGAUUUGCUUGUCAUCGGUGGUGGCUCCGGUGGAUUAGCUGCAGCUAAAGAAGCGGUCGAACAUGGAGCUAAAGUUGCGGUGCUCGAUUACGUUACUCCUUCACCACGAGGAACAAAAUGGGGACUAGGUGGUACCUGUGUCAAUGUGGGCUGCAUUCCAAAGAAAUUGAUGCAUCAAGCAGCGUUACUUGGCGAAGCGAUACACGAUGCGGCGUACUAUGGAUGGCGAUUACCAGAUCCAUCCGCUAUCUGCAAUGACUGGGAGACUCUGAGGACUGCUGUACAGAAUCAUAUAAAAUCAGUCAAUUGGGUCACCCGUGUCGAGCUCAGAAACAAGAAAAUUGAGUUCCUGAAUGCUUUAGGUUACUUCAAGGACCCUCACACUGUAAUUGGUGUAUUAAAAUCCGGAGAGGAGAAAGUUCUUACGGCUGAGAAUAUUUUGAUCGCAGUAGGCGGGAGACCCAAAUAUCCUGAUAUUCCCGGUGCUGUCGAAUAUGGCAUAACUAGUGAUGACAUUUUCAGUCUUGAUCAUCCGCCAGGCAAAACACUCGUCGUCGGAGCUGGAUACAUUGGCCUUGAAUGCGCAGGAUUUUUGAAUGGCUUGGGUUUCGAUGCAACUAUAAUGGUGCGAUCCAUAGUUCUUCGGGGAUUUGAUCAGCAAAUGGCGAACAUUGUUGCGACUGAAAUGGAAGAUCGAGGUGUCCACUUCAUUUAUCAAGCCAAACCGAAAGCCAUCAUAAAGCAGGACGAUGGACGGCUUCUUGUACAUUAUAUCGAUAAAGAAGGGCAGACCCAGAAAGACGUUUUUGACACCGUGCUUUUCGCCAUUGGCCGGCGAGCUCUGACAAAGGAAUUAAAACCUGAAAAUGCUGGAAUUGUUAUUGUACCAGACACUGGGAAGGUGGAGGAUCGUAGCGAACAAACUAAUGUACCAAAUAUUUACGCCGUUGGAGAUGUUCUUCAUAAAAAACCGGAAUUGACCCCGGUCGCAAUCCACGCUGGCAAGUUACUAGCUAGACGUCUUUUCGGCAACUCGACGGAACAGAUGGACUACGAUAACGUGGCAACUACCGUUUUUAGUCCAUUGGAAUAUGGUUGCGUAGGUCUCAGCGAAGAACAAGCUGCAGCCAUUCACGGCGAAGAUAACAUAGAAGUCUAUCACGCUUAUUACAAGCCCACUGAAUUCUUUGUUCCCCAGAAGAGUGUGUCUCACUGUUACAUCAAGGUGGUCGCGUUACGCCAUAAUGAGCAGAAAGUUCUAGGAAUGCACUUUAUCGGACCACAGGCAGGUGAAGUCAUCCAAGGUUUCGCUGCAGCGAUGAAGUGCAACUUAACGUUUCCUAUUUUGAAGUCUACGGUUGGAAUUCAUCCAACCACCGCAGAAGAAUUUACGCGUGUUUUUAUAACAAAGCGUUCCGGAAUGGACCCCACACCACAAAGCUGCUGCAGUUAGAUAAUUAGUAAUUAUGAUAACAUACUGGAGUCGUGCACUGAUUGCAUUUUUGAUGUCCAGUAAUGCCAGAACGACCACUAGACUAGGAACUUAUGCCGUGGCACUAUCAGUGAUAUUUUCACAAGAAGUUUAGUAGUCUACACCUGCUUGUAUAAUUUGGUUUACUUCGUAUCAGAAUUGUAAUUUUUGCAUGAUAAUACGUACAUGCUGCGAUGUAAUGACUUUGGUAAAAUGAUUUUAUACGUGUAUUUUACUUUAUAUGUAUUAUGUGUACAUAAUGUGGUUAAAAUGAAGGCAACAAACAGAUUAAGUUUCAAGCUAGGUUGUGUAAGAAUUACCAUGAUCGACUUGCAGUUCGUGAAACUUUGUCGAAUGUUAUUUUGACGAUAAGGGAGAAAAAGAAACCUGAUGGAUAAAAUGUACACCCAAUAUUAAUACCACCAGAGUAUUAUUAAUUCACUUAGCUAUCUCUAAUACUUAGUAUUUCAGUAAGAAAUUGCAUUGAUAUGCUGGAAUUAAAAGUUACAUUAAGGGCGCAUUACAUUACGAAUUUGGUGAAAUAUUAAAGAGAAAAACUAAAGAUAUAAUGUUCGAUAGCAUUCAGACUUCAGUAGAGAUAUCCAUGUUUUCCGUAUAUUUGAUAAUAUCAUUAAUAUCCUUUUGACAAAAAUUACACAAUGCAGGUUCAUUUCUUACUUGACUUUUCUCCGAGAGUUUCUCAAUAUGCAAACUCUUUAAACGAAUAAAGAUCUUGGGAGAAAUAAUUUGAUGCAACACAGAGUUAAGUGUUUCAUGACAAGAACACAAAAUAUAAUAGAAAAUACAAAAUCGUCGAAGAAUAAUGAGAAUUGUUACCAUGUUUUCAAUGUCGGAGUACAGUAACCAGUGUUAAGUUAUACUGUAAUUUUAUUUGGGUGGAUGGUAUACAAUCAAUGCUACUUAACUUGGGAAAACCACCGAGUGAUAAUAUUUAUAAGAGAAUUUAAUGACUACGGCUCAAAAGAUAGUUAUGUUUCACUGUGACGUUGAAUGCUGUAACCACAUCGGUGAUUUUUAUACAUGUUAUUUUAACUGCUAUUCCAUUUAAUUCAUCUAAGAUUCUUUUUUUUGUAAAACGAAAUUCAUUUUGAAAUAUAUAAUGCCUGGGCAAUAAAUGACAAUAGAAA